GGAACUCCUGACAAUCCCAUGAAGGCCUUUGCCGAAGGAUCUCUUGAUCAGUGUGCUGAUGUAGAAAAGAAUCUAUUCGGCGCUGGGAGCAAUAAUGCAAAUGAGAUACCUGUGGGUAUCACUAGUCCUUCUAGUAAUCUUGUUGAGCAGGAAACUCUAGUUGAUAUUGGAAAUGCUCCCAAAACUGAAAUUGACAUUCCUGCAAAUUUUGACUACCCGUAAUUAUUGUUGUAACAUACCCCGAUUGCAGUGACAUCUCCUUUUCCAGAGAGAUAUUACCAUUUCAAACUAACCCUGUUAAUUUGGAAUGGAUGCAAGUGUAAGUGUUGAUGCUUGUAAAUGAGUAAGUAAUACUAUUGGUGCCUAGCCAAUUCAUACUAGUGUGAUUAAUCGCUUCCUGUACAUCCUGAGCUAGUUGGAAUUCUAAACCUUCGUUGUAUACUAAUGGUGAUGAUCUCAUGUUUCUUUCAAAAUCCUUUCUUUAUUGCAUGGUUUUACUUGGUA